GUGAACACCGCUCCUCCGCUUGGCCGCGUCUUUACUUAACUUCCAGAUUUAUAUUUUAAUUUUAUACCGAGUAUAAGUGUUGUACACAAUGAGUAUUUUCGGCUCCGUUCGCGAGUAGGGUCCGUUCUGUUCAGUAGGCGCUGGGAUCGCGUCGCGCGAGUCGGCCAGUGCGCUAGUGUGCUUAAGUGACCAAAAGUGCUACCCACCACUUCGUCCCCCACAGCAUGAUACAAAGCUAGCACCAUGGGGGUGACCGACGACUUGGCCCCAAGCUUCACCCAGAAGCCGCAACUGCGCCAGGAGGAUGACGGGAACAAACUCAUCUUCGAGUGCCAGCUGCUGGCCUCUCCGAAACCGGAGAUAUGCUGGUACAGAAGCGACGAACUCCUCAAAGAGGAUACUAGGACUAAGUUUAAGAUCCAGAGCAUCGCCAACAACAAGUUCCUGGUGGUGCUCGAGCUGGACGACGUGAUCGAGAGCGACGCGGGGCUCUACAAAGUUAAGGCCAAGAACAAGAUGGGCGAGGUGGCCGCCUCCAUCAACCUUAACUUCAGCCCCGCUGACGAGGAAAAACAGAAACAAGUGGACGGGAAAGCGCCUACGUUCGCGAAAAAGCCGGCCAUCAGGCAGGAAGACGAUGGCAAGCGGCUCAUAUUCGAGUGCCGCAUCGAGGCCGAGCCGGUGCCCAGUGUGGCGUGGUUCCACAACACUAGCGAGGUCAAACCCGGAGCCAGGCAUAAGUUGACAGUAAGCAAAGAGGGGAAGUCAUAUUAUGCCUCGCUCGAAAUCAGCAACGUGACAGUGGAGGACGCUGGCAAGUACCGCGUGACGGCCAAGAACGAACUUGGCGAGAGCAACGCCACGAUCAGCUUAAACUUCGACAGCGACGAAGCGCCCGUGCCUGAGGACUUUAUCAAACCGACAUUCACGGAGAGACCCGUCAUCAGGCAAUCGGAAGAUGGUACCAAAAUCACUUUCGAAUGCAGAUGCGUUGGCAAACCGAAACCAACCAUUGCAUGGUACCAUGGAAAAAAAUUAAUAAAAGAAAGUAGUCGAUACAAAAUCACACUAGAAGAGGACCAAACGUUAUACCACAUGGCGCGGCUAGAAAUCUUAGGCGUAGAGAAUUCGGACAGAGGAGAAUACAGGGCAUUGGCGAAAAACAAACACGGUGAAGGCGUAGCAAAAAUUAACUUAAAUUUCGAGGGUGGAGACAAACCUAAAAUCCCCGAUGGUAAAGCACCGAGGUUUCCUAAAAAGCCAACAAUUAGACAAGAGGGUGAUGUGUUAAUAAUGGAAUGUGUAUUAGAAGCAUAUCCCCUACCAGAUAUCACGUGGUUUCACGGAGAUAAAGAAAUCAAAGAUGGGGCCAAAAUGAAGAUGUCUAGAAAGGCAAUUGGAAAAGAUACGUUUAAUCUGACCUUAGAAAUUUUAAGCCCCACCAGGGAAGAUGGUGGGAACUAUAGAUGUAAUGCCUUCAACUUGUUUGGCGAGAGUAAUGCGAAUAUUGCUCUCAACUUCCAAGGUGGGGAUGACGAAAAUGGUUUCGCACCGUCGUUUGUGGAGAAACCCCGAAUCAUUCCCAACGAAGACGGAACACUUAUCACAAUGCGUUGUGUAUGUAAGGCCAAGCCGGCGGCUGAAGUCACGUGGUACCGAGGGACGACGGUCAUUAAGGCUAGCAGCAAAAUUGAAAUCAAAUCGAGUUUAAUGGAAGAAGACAUAUACGAAUUGGUGUUGCUUUUGGCAAACCCGACAUCAGCGGAUGGUGGCGCAUACCGCUGUCAUGUCAAGAACGAAUAUGGCGAAAGCAACGCUAAUCUGAACUUGAACAUUGAGGCUGAACCAGAACCAGAAGGUGAAGGCCCAACGUUUGUCGAAAAGCCUACUAUUCAAUCAAAGGACAACGGCAAACUAGUUAUAAUGGGAUGCAAGGUCAAGGCUAGCCCGAAACCGACGAUCGUGUGGUACCACGAAGGCAAAGAAAUCAGGGACUCGUCGAAAAUUAAGACCAGGGUCGAGGUCAAAGAAGACAUUUACACAAUAAUAUUGGAACUUAUUGAUCCUGGUAUUGAAGACUCCGGAUUGUAUAAAUGCAAUAUCAAAAAUGAACUUGGGGAGCUCAAUGCAAAUCUUACGCUCAAUAUUGAAAUCAUUCCAGUUAUCAAAGAGAAACCAAAGAUCAUUAAGAUAAUUAAAAAGAAGACUGUUAUUGUUGAAUGUAAAGUAUUAAGUAAAUUUGCACCUGCUUGCACUUGGUUCAAGGAAUCAAGCGCUGUCAAAGAGGACUCAAGGCACACUGUGCUUAUUGAACCUCUGAGAGAAGGCGAAUUCACAGUCAAAUUGGAAAUUUCGAAUGUUUCACAACAUGACAAAGGAUCUUACAAACUCGUCGCUAAGAACGAGAAGGGUGAAGCGACGUCACAACAAGUCGAAAUCACGGACAUACCUGAAGAAAAGGGAGACAAACCCCAGAUCAUCAAGCACUUCAGGAGUUUGGCCAAGAAAGAAAACGAGGAAGCUGAGUUCGUGGCCGUGCUCAAGACAUCAGACCAGUCUUGCAGAUGCACAUGGUACAAGAACUCUACUGUAAUCAGGGAUUCCUCCGAAAUCAACACGUCCUUCGAUGGAACGAACGCCAGAUUAAUCAUCAGGAAGGUUACGUCGAAGUACGUUGCGAACUACAGAGUCGUUAUCAAGAACGAGUUUGGUGAAGAUGAGUCGAGUGCUGACUUGACCAUCGUUGAGGAAAAGAAAAAGAAGAAGGAGGAAGAGGAAGAAGAAACAACUGUAAUUGAGGAAUCAGAAGAAGAAAUGUCGAUAGUAGAAGAAAAGUCUGUUAUCGAAGAAAACCACGUUGAGGAGAAAAAGAAGGAAGAAGAAAAGAAAAUGUCGGCCAAGAAGGUUGUCAAGAAAGAAGAAGUAAAGGUUGAGCAAUCUCAACAAGAAAUUGAAAUAGAUGCUAAGAAAUCUGAAACAAAGAUGGAAGCAAAGAAAGUUUCCAAGAAAGAAGAAGUCGUUUCAAAACAAUCUGAAAUGGAAGUUGAAGAAGCCAAGAAAGUUCUUGAGAAGAAAACUGCUAAGACAGAAGAAGAGAAGAAAGCUCUUCUCGAGAAGAUUGAAAAGAAGAAAACAGAAUCCGAACCUGAGGCUAAAAUUGAAGGCAUUCCAAAACUCAAACCGGUCAAACCCAAGGAAGAACCAGUUGAGGAAAAGAAAGAGGCCGCUAAAAAGACUGAAAAAACUGAAAAGAAGGUCGUCAAAAAGAAGGUUGUUGCAAAGAAAGAGGAGGACGAAAUCGAGUUUGUCGACGAUUACGAGCGACCCGUAUUGGAGAAGUAUGAAAAGAUUACACCGACACCACUCGAUAAAAAACCUAAAGAGGAUGACACUCCUAAGGCUAAACGCGCAUCUGUAUCAGAAAGCGUUAAAAGUGAACAGGAGAGUGAAGAUGAACCUUCUGUGGCUGGACCAGCCCCAGAGAAAAAACCGAAAACUGCUGAAAAAGCAAAGGUCGAAGAAGAAAAGGCCGAGCCAAAGAGGCCAAGCAUCAAAAAAGGUGUACGUAAACCAGAAGAACCGGUUGACGAGAUUUCUCAAGUUAAAUUGUCCAAAACACCAACUAAACCAACAGAGGACAAACUUGAGGAACCACAGGUUGCUAAGACUAAAAAACCGGUUAAGAAGCCGGGUGAACAACCCGAAUUCGUGGAUGAUUAUGAAAGACCCGAACUUGAAAAGUACGAUAAAAUGACGCCUACUGCAACAGAUAGGAAUAAAAAGCAAAAUGGUGUUCAAGAGGCCGAGCCUGAAUUUGUCGAUGACUACGAAAAACCUGAACUCGAAAAAUACGAAAAAGUUACACCUACACCUAAGGACAAACGUCGUCCUAGUGAUACUCAGGAUGAUAGUGAAAUGAUGAGAGGUAAAAUAAAGCCUAAACCUAAAGAAGAAGAGCCUGAAAUGCCAUCUCUUCGAAAGCGUCCUGUUACAAAGGAUAAGGAAGAGGAAAAACAGCCCGAGGAAAAGCCUAAGGCUAAACCCAAAAAGUCAGAUGAACCUCAAACUAAGAAACGUCCGUCACUUAAAGAAAAAGAGGUUGCAGAGGAAGAAUUUAUUGAUGAUUAUGAAAGACCGGUUCUCGAGAAAUACGAAAAACUCAUACCGACACCUACAGAGAAAAAGAAGGUCGAAGACAAAAAGGUUGCUGAAAAAUCUAAGGCAACACUUGACAAAACGGACGAAACACCAGCCAAGAAACGUCCUUCUCUUAAAUCAAACGAGGAGGAAGAACAGAAACCACAAGAUAAACCUAAGGCUAAAGUAUCGAAGCCUGAUGAACCUCAGUCGGUUUCAAACGAUACUAAACUGUCGCCAUUUGAUAAACCUGAACCUACGACAGUUGAUAAAAAACGACCUUCUGUCGACGAAGAAAUGGAUGUGGACGAAGAGUUUGUCGAUGAUUAUGAGCGGCCAGUACUCGAGAAAUACGAGAAAAUAACACCAACGCCUACUGAGAAGAAAAAGGAUGAUAAGAGUAAGCCAGAAGAGAAAGCAGAGGCAAAACCUGCCAAGACAGAGGAGCCCCAAGUCAAAAAGCGUCCCUCACUUAAAGGAAAAGAGGAGGACUCUACAAAACCAAAGGAUGAACCUAAGCCAAAAGCUCCUAAAAAGGACGAGCCUCAACCUAAAAAAAGUGUUUCAGUUAAAGAAGAGGUUGACGACGAGAAACUUGAAGAAAUACCAAAGGCAACACCAGUUAAAACAGAGGAACCUUUGACUAAAAAACGUCCAUCACUGAAAGAGGAUGACGAGGAAGAGACAGUGGAAACCACGAAAACCACCACAGAAAGGGUAGAAACAAAAACCAAGAAACGACCUUCUCUUAAAGAUAAAGAGGAGGAAGACAAAAAACCAGAAGAAAAACCAAAGGCUAAAACGCCUAAGACGGAUGAUGCAAAGCCUAAAAAGCGUCCUUCGGUUAAAGAACCUGAGGUUGCAGAAGCCGAAUUCGUCGACGAUUACGAGCGACCCGUUCUCGAGAAAUACGAGAAAAUCACACCAACACCCACUGAGAAAAAGAAGAAGGACGACAAAAAACCAGAGGAAGAGGUUCCUUCAGCCACAGCUACUGCCAAACGUCGUUCUGUUAAAGACAAAGAUAAGCCUGAGCCUAUGGACGUGGACGAGGAGUUUAGUUUGUCCAAACCCAAAACUCCAGCCAAGCCAGGAAAGGAACCUGAAGACGUUUCGCUUACACACAAAACACCAGCUGAAAUCAAACCUACGGAAGACGAGGCUGAAGCGAAACUCAACAUUAAGAAACCCGAAAUCGUCGAAGAGAAAACACUUAAGAGACCUACACCUAAAUCUAAAGAACAAAAGGGUGAGGACACAGAGGAGGCUGUCAGUAUCACCAAGCCCCGAACUAAGACCAGCACGACUGCUCCUGAAGAAGCAUCUCUUACACAAAAGACUCCUGCUAAGAAAAAGCCUACGGAGGGAUCAGAAGCAGCUCAACUUAAGGUGAAAAAACCGGCUGUUGUCAAAAAAGGAGAUGACGAUGAGCUCGAACUGGACUUUGUUGAUGACUACGAGAGACCAGUUCUUGAAAAAUAUGAGAAGAUCACGCCUACUCCCACGACUAGGGAGAAGAAAGAAAAGGAAACUAAGCAGGUUACGAUGAUAUCACAACAACAGCAACGUCUAGAAGUGAAGACUGAAAGCCGAAGGACUUCAAUCCAGUCUGAGGUCAAGGAAGAAUCUAAGAUUGAGAGCAGAAAGAGCUCCGUUGCUGAAGACAAAUCAAUGAAAUUCACAAAAGAGACUGCAGAAAGCAGAAAAUCAUCGCUUUCUGUGGCCGAGAAGCAAGAAGUGGGAACACUGAAGAAAUCUUCGGCCCAGAAGCCUACCAUUAAGGAACCAGAAUCAAGUGAAAUGAACCAAAUUAAAUUAAAGGACGACACUAUAGAGAUAGAAGAAAAGGUACCAACAGAAUCUGUCGAUAAGCCAUCAGAAAAGACGUAUCCAUGGCGACCUACGAAAACAGACACUCAGGAAACCAAAGAAAAAGUGGAACCUAAACGUAAGCCUAGCUUAGAAAAACCGACGGAACCAACACCAGUAAGACGAAGAUCUAGUAAAACAAAGGAUACGGUAGAAGUUGAAGAAACUAAGAUUGUAGAGGAGACAGAAACCAAGCGAAAGGUUUCUGUAGACAAACCAAAAGAAUUGGCUCAACCUCGGCGAAGGCCAAGUAAAACUACUGAGGAAUCCAAGGAGAACAUUGAACCUGUAACAAUACAAAAAGUAGAAGCUCAGGACAAACCAGUAGUUGAAAAACCAGAGGAGCCUAGCUAUCCUUGGCGUAGACCAAGCAAAGUUGAGGACAAAACUGAAGCAAUGGAAGUGACAGAGAAAGUAUCUGUUGAGAAAGAACCAGAGCCUUCUUAUCCUUGGAGACGUCCCUCUAAAACUACAGAGGCUCCAGUAGAGAAAAAACUUGAGAUACCUUCACCGGUUGUAGCAGAUGAAAAGCCAAAGGAACCAGAAGCACCUAAAACACCAGUACAAUCUCCAUUCUGUGCUUGGCGUAGGAAAUCUUAUAAUAGUAUGGAGGAUGAUUUUGAGGAGGUUAAACCAUGGGAAACAACUAAAGAAACUGACAAACCAAAGGAACCUGUUGAUGAUAUAAAAUCGGAGAAACCCGUUGAAACGCCUAAACAAUCCCCAUUCUAUGCAUGGAUGAAAAAACCAAGCAUUGAGAUUGAGGAACCGGAAGAAGUUCCAAAAAUAGAAAUACAACCGAUAGAAAAACCAAAACAAACUUUAUAUCCGUGGAGAAAGUCAAACACGGAGGAACCGGAAGUUAAAUCGGCUCCUGACACUAAACCGAACGAAGUUCCGUUCUCAUGGGAUGUCAUACCUGAGAUACCACAGGCUGAACAAACUCCAGAGUUGGAAGACAAAUACAAACCCACACUACUAGAUACAUCUGACACAUUACCUUGGAGAAGACCACGGUCUCCUCAGGCUGAAAUGACAGAGGACAAAGACCGUAGACAGAGCACAUUAGAAAUCCCACAGCCCGCUUUUACCAGCAACCCUGACGAGAAAGUGGCAGUCAAAGAAGAGAAAAUCGAAGAAGAAGCCAAGAAGGCUAAGGUUACUUCAGUUAAGAAGAAGGCAGAAGAACUGCCUGAAAUACCAGAUUAUGAAAGGCCAGACCUUGAGAAAUACGAGAAAAUGGACUUUACACCUUCAACUAGGGACAAGCCCGAAAAAGACAAGCCCAUUCCAAAGGUGCCUGAAAUCAAGGCACCGGAAGAGAAGCCUGCAGCGCCAAAGAUCGAGGUCAUCCGAGAGAAAUCUCCAAAACCCGACAUGCCCAGGAAACCAUCCUUGGUGCCUGGCGCGCCCGUGGGCAGACGUGGGUCCCUCAUACCUCCUCCAGAGGAAAUGGGUAGACGUCCAUCGCUCAUCAUCAGCGACGAGGAGAAUAGAAAACUAAGACCUGGUGAGGUGGUCGAAGAAAAGAAGCGACGAAAGUCCGGUGACGCCAGAAGACCGUCCAUCCAAGAUUUGGAGGACCUCAUCAACAAACCAUCGGUGCCGUUGAAGCCUCUCGGCAAUGAGGGACCGCCGGUCAUUGUCGACGUGCAAGAAAGCUACUCGGCUGUUGAAGACCAAACUGGAUACCUCACGGUACAAGUGGAGGGUAAUCCUCCACCAACAUUCAAGUUCUACAAAGGCGUCACUGAGAUCAUUGAAGGUGGACGCUUCAAAUACGUCACGGAUGGUGAAACCGGCCUCAUUACUUUGUGCAUGAGGAAGGUGAAGCCCAACGAUGAAGGCAAAUACAAGGUGGUGGUCAGCAACAUCCACGGGGAGGACUCCGCUGAGAUGCAGCUCUACGUGUCUGACUCCAGUGGCAUGGACUUCCGUGCUAUGCUUAAGAAGAGAAAGUACGCAAAAUGGGGCGAAAAGAAAGAGGACCCCGACUGGGGAGACCUCAAGGAAACUGAGAAGCCUAUACCACCACUCAAGAAGGUCGAAAAGAAACAAGAGUCGUUCUUGAAGCCCCUCGUAGAUCAAUUUGCAAAGGAAGGCAAGGAUAAGAAGGUGGUAUUCGAGGCCAUCUUCACGAAGCCCAAUUCGAAACCGAAAUGGUUUUUGCGAAAGGACGAGCUAUUCCCAGGCUCAAAAUACAAGAUGACAAACGAACAAGACUCGUACAAGCUGAUCAUUAUGAACCCGAAGGUAGAAGACACGGGUAAAAUCACGAUUGAAAUCGGUGGUAUCACUUGCACCGCCUUCUUACAAGUAGACGAGCCUGACCCGACGUACAGCUUCACGAAGAACCUGAAAAAGACCACAAGUGGAUACUUCGAGCAUGAAGUCGUGCUCGAGUGCGCUAUUUCAAACAGUUUGGCUAUCGUCUCUUGGUGGAAGGGAGAAACCAAGAUCGAAGACGGAGAAGAAUUCCAAAUCUCGAAAGAUCUGUCUGGUGUAUGCAGGCUGGUGAUCAAGAACGCUAAGUUUGAAGAUGCCGGCAAAUACACGUGUAAAAUUGAGAAGCAAACUGACAAGACUGAAACUGAUGUCAAGAUUGUUGAAUACCCGUACAAAUUCACCAAGGUUCUCAAAUCGCAACAAGCAAUUGAGAAAGACACCAUCACGUUACUUUGUGAAUUGGACGAUGCUGGUGGCACUGUGAAGUGGUUCAAGAACAAUGAGCCAUUAAAGACAGACAAACGAGUCACGAUUGUGAAGGAGGGUCGUAAACGCAAGGUCGUCAUUAAGGAUGCCAAGGUCACUGACGCUGGCAACUACAAAUGUACGACCAACGCCGAUGAGACAACGUGCGAGUUGAUCGUCAAUUACUCGAAUCGCUUCAACAAGAAGUUGAAGGACACCGAAGCAAUUGAGAGGGACAAGGUUGUCCUGGAAGUAGAACUUCAGGAUCAGACAGCUGAGGCUGUUUGGUCUUUCAAUGGAACACCUAUUGUUCCUAACGAAAGGGUUGAAAUCAAAAACCUGGGCGGUGGUAAACACCAGCUUAUCUUCAACAAACUGGAGAUGGAAGAUGAUGGUGAGAUUCUCUGCGAGUCCGGCAAGUUGAGCUCGUCUUGUAAGCUCACGGUGAAGAAGGGAGAGUCGAAACCAUCUAUUGAGUGUCCCGACGAUUUCUACGGACCAGCUGGACAGCCGUUCGUCAUUGAGGUGCCUUAUAAAAUUGAUGGCACCCGACAAACGCCUAUCGAAGCUAAAUUAUGGAAAGAUGGCAAAGCCUUGCCUAUCAAGGAAGUCGAGGCAGUGGUUGAGCAAGAGAAAGUACUGUUCAAGAUCAAGAAGCCGACAAGAGAGGCUUCGGGCAAGUACACGAUUAAGCUGUCCAACGCCCAGGGUGAAGACUCCAAAGAUGUUACCAUCACAAUGCAAGGAGUACCAACACCUCCCCAGAAUGUGGAGGUAUCGGAAGUUUUCCAGACAUCAUGCGUUGUCUCGUGGAAGACGCCUCAAGACGAUGGUGGUUCCCCUAUUGUGAAAUACAUCAUCGAAAGACAGGACCUGUCCCUCAAAGCCGGUUGGGACAACGUGGCUGAGGUGCCACUUGGCCAACCAAUGAAAUACAAGGUUGAAGAUCUCAUCGCAAAGAAGACGUACAAGUUCAGAAUUCGUGCCGUCAACAAGAUCGGUUCCAGCGAACCUGGAAUUUUCGGCAAGCCUGUGCUUGCUAAAGAUCCAUGGGACGAGCCAUCUAAACCGAAGAAUGUGGAGCUCGUCGACUGGGACAAGGAUCACGCUGAUCUCAAAUGGCAGAAGCCAGACAAUGAUGGUGGUGCCGAAAUCACCGGAUACGUUAUUGAGUACAAGGAAAAGUUCGGCAAAGACUGGGUAAAGGGUAAGGAGGUGCCCGGCGACUGCCUGGCUGCAACCCAGGAUGGACUCAAGGAAGGAUGCACUUACGAGUUCAGGGUCCGCGCCAUCAACAAGGCUGGACCUGGUGAACCCAGUGACAGCACGAAGCCAAUUGUGGCUAAGUGCAGAUUUGUCAAACCAUACAUCAUCGGAGACGGUCUCCAAGGAAUGAUCAUCAAGAAGGGACAAGUGAUCACCUACGACAUCAAGUACGGUGGUGAACCUGAACCGGAAGUCAAAUGGUUCAAGGGUGAAGAGGAGAUCAAGGAUGACGGCGACCGCAUCACCAUUGACAAGUAUGAGAAGAACACAGUCCUGACUGUGAGGAAGACCACCAGGCCAGACAGCGGGAAGUACAAGCUGGUGCUCACCAACUCGUCGGGAACCUGCGAGAGCAUAGCCGACGUUGUUGUGUUGGACAAACCCAACCGCCCCAACGGCCCCAUAGAGGUUGUGGACAUCCGCGCCGAGAAGGCGACUGUCAAAUGGCAGAAGCCCGACGACUGGCAGGGAUCCGACAUCACUGGAUACACACUCGAGAAGAUGGACAUGGACACCGGCAACUGGGUGCCAUGUGGUGAGACUGGAGCUGAGCCAACAGAGUUCACGGUCAAGGGUCUCACUCCGAACCACAAGUACAAGUUCAGAGUACGGGCCGUCAACAAGGAGGGCGAGUCUGAGCCUCUGGAGACAGACGGAUUCAUUGUUGCCAAGAAUCCUUACGACCCACCGAAGGCGCCAAGCAAGCCCAAUAUUGUGGACUACGACAACAUGUCGGUCACACUGCAAUGGGAACCGCCAGUAGACGAUGGUGGAAGACCAAUUUUGGGCUACGUUGUUGAAAUGAAAGACAAAUUCUCACCAGACUGGAUCGAGGUGACCAAGACCAACGACACAAAGACUGAGUACAAGGUAGAAGGCCUCAAAGAGAAGAUGGUAUACCAGUUCCGAGUGAAGGCGCAUAACAAGGCCGGAGUCGGUGAGGCUUCGCAGCCUACUGACAACCACCUGUGCAAGCACAAGAACUUGAAGCCACGCAUCGAGCGCAGCACAUUCAAGUCGGUGAUCAUCAAGGCAGGCCGCACUCACAAGUGGUCGGUGGAUGUCAUCGGUGAACCCCCACCAGAGAUGUCAUGGUCAUGGCGCGAAAACAUCAAGCUGGUCAACACAGAGCGCAUCAAGAUCGAGAACAAAGACUACCACACCGACUUCACGAUAGUGAACGCUGUGCGCAGAGACACCGGCAAAUACAAGCUGCGCGCUGAGAAUUGCAACGGGUUUGAUGAGGAGACUGUGGAGCUUACUGUGUUGAGCAAGCCUGGAUCGCCUAAAGGCCCGUUGGAAGUAUCGGACGUGCACGCUGAAGGCUGCAAGGUCAGAUGGGAGAAGCCAGAGGACGACGGCGGCUCCCCCGUCAAGGAGUACGAGGUCGAGAAGAUGGAUCUCGCCACCGGCAAAUGGGUGCGCGUGGGCAGAGUGGCCGGCGACAAGAAGCCUCUAGAGAUGGACAUCACCGGCCUAGAGCCUGGUCACCAGUACAAGUUCAGGGUCACCGCUGUCAACGACGAGGGAGACUCCGAACCACUGGAGACCGAGAGAGCUACGCUGGCGAAGAAUCCCUUCGACGUGUCAGACAAGCCCGGCAACGUCGAAGUGGCUGACCACGACAACCAGAGCGCUGAGAUCAAGUGGGACCCGCCCAAAUCGGACGGCGGCGCGCCUAUUCAGAAGUACAUCAUACAGAAGAAGCCCAAGGGCGGCGAUUGGGAGAACGCUGCCGAGGUGCCCGGCACACAAAACUCAGGCAAGGUUGAGGGUCUGCCGGAAGGUAGCGAGUACCAGUUCCGCGUGAUCGCCGUCAACAAGGCCGGACCUUCCGAGGCCUCGGAGCCGACCAAGAUGACCACCAUCAGGCAUAAGGCUUUGAAACCUCGCAUCGACCGCACAAACCUCAAGGCGUUGGCAGUGCGCGCAGGCAAGCCGAUCUUCUUCGACGUCAACGUGAAGGGAGAGCCCGCGCCUAAGGUGCAAUGGUUCCAGAAAUGGAAGGGCGAGGAGAAGGAGGUCACAGAAAACGUCAUCAACGUAGACUACAACACGAAACUAGACGUCAAGGAGUCCGUCCGUGCCAUGACCGGCACCUACCGUAUCCUGGCCACCAACCAGCACGGUUCUGACGAGGCCGAGGUGGAGAUCACAGUGUUAUCCGCGCCAGGCAAGCCCGGCGGCCCGCUCAAGGUGGCUGACGUCACCAAGGGCGGCUGCAAGCUGUCGUGGAAGAAGCCCGAGGAUGACGGAGGCAAGCCCGUCUCCGGCUACGUAGUAGAGAAACUAAACAAGGCUACCGGCCGAUGGGUGCCGGUUGGCAAGACCGAUGACACUGAGAUGGAGGUCAAGGGCCUCCAAGAGGGAGAAGAGUACGAGUUCAGGGUCAAAGCAGUCAACGAGGAGGGCGAGUCUGAACCGCUGAAGACCGACCACUCGAUCAUCGCUAAGAACCCGUAUGAUAUCCCUGGCAAGCCGUCCGUACCAACCAUCGAGGAUUGGGACGUGGACCGCGUGGACCUCAAAUGGGAGGCGCCCAAGAACAACGGAGGCGCCCCCAUCACCGGCUACGUCAUUGAAAAGAAGGAGAAGUUCGGACAGUGGCAGGAGGCGCUUGUCACUUCGACGCCGGAAUGCAAGGCCCGCGUGCCGGAUCUGAAGGAAGGCAACACGUAUCAGUUCCGCGUGCGCGCCGUCAACAAGGCCGGCCCGGGAGAACCGGGCGAGCCCACGCAACCGCACGUGGCUAAGGCCAGGUUCUUGAAACCGCACAUCAACCGCGACAAGAUGACGGCGAUCCGCGUACGCGCGGGCACCACCAUCAAGCUGGACGUCGACAUCAAGGGUGAACCGCCACCAACCAAGACCUGGACCUUCGCUAAGAAGGUCCUGGAGACCGGCCCAGGCUUGAAACUGGAGAAUGAGGACUACAACACCCGUCUCCAGAUCUUCGACUCGUCCUGGGCCAACUCAGGCGUCUACACGCUCAAGGCUGAGAACGAGUCUGGAGUGGAUGAGGCUACAGUGGAAAUCACUGUGCUUGACAAGCCAGGCAAGCCUGAAGGCCCGCUAGAGGUAUCAGACGUUCACGCCGACCACGUGAAACUGAGCUGGAACAAGCCUAAGCACACUGGUGGACUACCACUGAGUGCUUACGUACUUGAGAAGAUGGACACGCUUACCGGGAAGUGGGUGCCAGCAGGCACCAUCGACCCAGACAAGACCGAGGCUACAGUUACUGGCCUAGAGCCAGGCCACACCUACCAGUUCCGCGUCAAGGCCCUCAACGAGGAAGGCGAAUCGGAACCCUUGGAGACCGACCACGGAACCCUAGCCAAGAACCCGUACGACGUGCCAGCGCCGCCUGGCCUGCCAGACAUCGUGGACUGGGAUGAGAAGUCCGCCAAACUCAAGUGGGAGCCUCCCAUUAGGGAUAAUGGUGCUCCGAUUACUGGAUACAUCAUUGAAGUUAUGGAUAGAGACCGUGGAGAGUUUGUCAAGGCUGCCGAGAUCCAAGGCAACAUCUGCCAAGGCACAGUGCCCAAGCUGGAGGAAGGCAACCAGUACCAGUUCCGUAUCCGCGCGCUGAACAAGGCCGGCCAGUCGGAGCCUUCGGAGAAUACCAACUGGCACACCGCUAAGGCGCGAUUCUUGAAACCAAGAAUCGACCGCACCAACCUGAACCCAAUCACCGUCAAGGCUGGUCUACCAGUGUCUCUCGACGUCAAGGUCUUCGGAGAACCACCAGCGACCGUAACCUGGUUCUUCAAGGGAACGGAACUAAAGAAUGGCGAGAACUUAGAGAUUAUUAACGUGGAUUACAACACCAAGUUCCUGAUGACUAAGAGCAAGAGAGCUAAUACUGGAAAGUACGUCAUCAAGGCUAAGAAUGAAGUGGGAGAGGAUGAGGCUGAGGUGGAAAUUACCAUUCUUGGCAAGCCAUCCAAGCCCAACGGUCCACUGGAAGUCGCUGACGUCACCAAGAACGGAUGCACUCUUUCAUGGAAGAAGCCCGACGAUGACGGUGGCUCUCCCGUGGAAUACUACGAGAUCGAGAAACUUGACCCGCUCACAGGACAAUGGAUCCCGUGCGGCACUGCCAAGGACUGCAAGGCAAACAUUACUGGCCUGCAGGAAGGCAAGCCCUACAAGUUCCGUGUCAAAGCCGUCAACAAGGAGGGCGAGUCUGAGGAGCUGGAAACAGAGAAACCGAUCAUCGCUAAGAAUCCUUUCGACGAGCCCGGCAAGCCCGGUCGUCCGGAGCCCCGGAACUGGGACAAGGACUUCGUGGAGCUGGAAUGGAGCCCGCCCAAGGACGACGGAGGGGCCCCCAUCACCGGCUACAUCGUGCAGAAGAGAGAGAAGGGUGGAAGAUCAUGGCAAGACUGCCUCAAGACGACCGGCGAUCGCCCGACAGGCCGCGUGACAGACGUGGAAGAAGGCCACGAGUACGAGUUCCGAGUGAUGGCCGUCAACAAGGCCGGCCCGGGAGAACCGUCCGACCCUAGCAAGUCCGUCAUCGCCAAGCCACGAUUCCUGGCCCCGAAGAUCGACCGCAAGAACUUGCAGAAUCGCAAGGUCAAGGUCGGCCAGCCUCUGAAGAUGGAAGCGGAUGUCAAGGGCGAACCAGAACCCACCAUCACCUGGACCUUCAACGGACAGCCGCUCAAGCCUGAGGAGCGACUCAAGAUUGAGAACAAGGACUACCACACAUCGUUCGCGCUGCAAAAGCUGACGCGCGCCGACAGCGGCAAAUACGUCGUCACUGCUAAGAACGACAGCGGAACUGACACGGUCGAGAUCGAGGUACAAGUUGUCAGCAAGCCCGCUAAACCGAAGGGACCACUCAAGGUAUCCGACGUCAAAGCAGACGGCUGCAAGCUCAAAUGGGAACCACCGGAAGACGACGGAGGCGAACCGGUCGAAAGCUACGUGGUCGAACGAAUGGACACCGAGUCCGGUCGCUGGGUGCCUGUGUGCACCACCAAGACUCCCGAGGCUGACGUCACGGGCUUGAACGAGGGCAAGGAUUAUAUGUUCCGAGUGAAGGCAGUCAACCCGGAGGGCGAGAGUGAACCGCUUGUGACAGAUACUGCUACGACUGCUAAGAAUCCUUAUGGCGAGCCCGACCCGCCCGGCAAGCCCGAGUUCAAGGACUGGUCUAAGGAGCACGUGGACCUCAAAUGGGAGAAGCCAGCCAACGAUGGCGGCGCUCCUAUUACCGGCUACAUCGUCGAGAAGAAAGACCGCGACACCGGCAAGUGGGUGAAGGCUGCUGAGGUGCCCGGCAACAAGACAGAGGCCCGCGUGCCCGAUCUGAUCGAAGGCAAGACCUACCAAUUCCGCGUGAAGGCCAUCAACAAAGCAGGACCUGGCAAGCCGUCCGCAGCUUCAGAGAAUCUGCUGGCUAAGGACAGGUUUGCGCCACCUAAGAUCGACCGCACCAACAUGCGAGACAUCACCAUCAAGGCUGGCCAGAACAUUCGGUUGGACAUCAAGGUUUCUGGUGAACCUCCACCAACUAAGACUUGGUUCCACAACAAAGAGCGUCUCUCAAGUCGCGAUGACCUGACCAUCGACACCGAAGACUACAAGAUCAAACUAUCGGUCGUGGUCUGCAGCCGCAAGCAUAGCGGUACUUACGUCCUCAAGGCUGAGAACAGCAGUGGACGCGAUGAGGCCACCAUACAGGUCAACGUACUCGAUGUACCAGCCAAGCCUGAGGGACCACUCAAGAUCUCAGACGUCCACAAAGAAGGCUGCACGCUCAAAUGGAACCCGCCCCUAGACGAUGGUGGUGCGCCCAUCGACCACUACCUGGUCGAGAAACUUGAUACGGAGACCGGCCGCUGGAUGCCGUGCAUGAAGACCAAGGACCCGAAGGCCGAGGUGGAAAACCUGGUUCCAGGACACGAAUACAAGUUCAGAGUGUCUGCGGUCAAUAACGAGGGCGUUUCGGAACCCUUGGACGCGGACCACUCGAUCAUUGCCAAGAAUCCGUUCGACGAACCGGGCAAACCCGGAACACCGGAAGUGGUUGACUGGGACCGCGACCAUGUUGACCUUAAAUGGGACAAGCCCAUCAACGACGGCGGCGCUCCCAUUACCGGCUACAUUAUUGAGAAGAGGGAGGUCGGCUCGCCGAAAUGGGUGAAGGCCUGCGAGGUCGGCCCCCACGACAACGAGAAGGCUACAGUGCCGAACUUGGACGAGGGAACGGAAUACGAGUUCCGAGUGAAGGCCAUCAACGAGGCCGGCCCUGGCGAGCCGUCAGACGCCAGCAAGUCUGUCGUCUGCAAGCCCAGGAAACUGGCCCCGAAGAUCGACCGUCGCAACCUACGCACCAUCAAAGUUCGCGAGGGUGAACCAAUCGCGCUUGACGUUAAAGUGUCGGGUGAACCCGCGCCAGAUGUCGCUUGGAGCCUCAACGGCAAGAGCGUCAGCAGCGGCAACGGCCUGAAGCUGGUGAACGUGCCAUACUUGAGCAAGUACCAGCACUCGAGCCCGCGUCGCAAGGACUCUGGUACCUACAAGAUCCACGCCACCAACAGAUAUGGCGAGGACAAGGCCGAGUUGGAGAUCAUUGUUACAUCCAAGCCCGAGAAGCCGGAAGGCCCUCUCGAGGUAUCAGACAUCCACAAAGACGGCUGCAAGCUCAACUGGAAGCGGCCUAAGGACGACGGCGGCGAGCCCAUCGAGGCCUACCUCGUCGAGAAGUACGAUACCGAGACCGGCAACUGGGUGCCUGUCGGGAAGACGUUGGGCAACGUUCCCGAGAUGGAGGUGGACGGGCUGAUCCCAGGCCACGAAUACAAGUUCCGAGUGAAGGCACUGAACAAGGAAGGCGAGUCCGAACCGCUGGAGACCUUCGGCGCCAUCGUCGCGAAGGAUCCGUUCACGGUGCCAGACGCCCCAACCGCGCCAGUGCCAGAAGACUGGUCUGCCAACCAUGUGGACCUCAAGUGGGAGGCGCCUAUCUCAGACGGAGGCUCGCCCAUCAUCGGCUACAUUGUUGAAAAGAAGGACAAAUACAGCCCGCUGUGGGAGAAGGCGGUGGAGACACACACGCCUACACCAUUCGCCACUGUCAACGGGCUGAUCGAAGGAAACGAAUACCAGUUCCGCGUGAUCGCCAUCAACAAGGCCGGCCAGAGCAAGCCUUCGGAUGCGAGCAAGAACUUCGUCGCGAAGCCCCGCUUCCUGGCGCCCAAGAUCGACAGGAGACACCUCAGAGAUGUCACCAUCUCUGCCGGGUCUACGCUCAAGCUGGAAGCUUCUAUCACUGGAGAGCCGGCCCCGGCUGUGGAAUGGAGAUACCAAAACAUGCCUCUCCGCGCAUCCAAGGCCGUAUCCAUCGACAAUCCAGACUACUUCACGAAGCUGGUGAUCCGGCCGGUACGCCGCGACGAUUCCGGCGAGUACACCGUGACAGCUGUCAACUCCAGCGGCAAAGACGUCGUCAACAUCAACGUGGUUGUCACUGACAAGCCUAUGAAGCCUGAGGGACCGUUACAGAUCUCGGACGUCCACAAAGAGGGUGCCACCCUCAAGUGGAAGCGGCCGAAGGACGACGGCGGCACCCCCAUCGAGUACUACCAGGUCGACAAGCUGGAUACCGAGUCUGGCUGCUGGGUGCCUUGUGCGCGCUCUGACGAGCCUAAGUGUGAUGUGACCGGCUUAACUCCGGGCAAGGAGUAUAAGUUCCGCGUGUCCGCUGUGAACUCGGAGGGAGAAUCGGAGCCUCUGACUGGGGAGGAGAGCAUCAUCGCCAAGAAUCCGUUCGACGAGCCUGGUGCGCCAGGCACGCCAAGCGUGACAGACUGGGACAAAGACCACGUGGAUCUCAAGUGGAGCCCGCCGCGUACUGACGGUGGCGCACCCAUCACUGGCUACAUCGUCGAAAAGAAGGACAAGUUCGGCAACUGGGAGAAGGCUGUGGAGGUGCCCGCCGGUCAGACAACUGCUACAGUGCCCGACCUCAUCGAGGGACAGACUUACGAGUUCAGGGUUCGCGCCGUGAACAAGGCAGGCCCGGGCGAGCCGAGCGACAGCACUCACCCUAUCGUAGCCAAGCCCAGGAACUUGGCGCCGAAGAUCGACAGGACCAACCUCAUCGACAUCAAGCUCAAGGUCGGACAGAAGUUCGGCUUCGAUGUCAAGGUGACCGGUGAGCCCAUGCCAGAAACAAAAUGGUUCCUGGCCAAACGCGAGGUCAAGUCCGGCGGCGAGAUGAAGGUCCAACACUCGGACUACAACACCAAACUGAACUGCAAAGCAGCAACGCGAGCAGACAGCGGCCGCUAUACUAUCACUGCUGAGAACAGCAAUGGGAAGGACGUGGCUGAAGUGGAAGUUAUUGUGCUGAGCGUACCUAGCCCGCCUGGAGGACCGCUCAAGGUGUCUGACGUCCACGCCCACGGAGCCAAGCUCUCCUGGAACCCGCCGGCUGAUGACGGCGGCCAGCCCAUCGACAAAUAUAUCGUGGAGCGUAUGGAUGAGGCCACGGGACGAUGGGUGACCGCGGGAGAGACUGACGGCCCGCAGACCAGUCUCGCGGUGGAUGGACUCACGCCCGGACACAAGUACAAGUUCAGGGUCCGAGCUGUUAACAGACAAGGCAAAUCCGAGCCUCUCACUACGCCCCAUUCCACCGAAGCGAAGAAUCCGUUCGACGUCGCCGGCAAGCCCGGAACGCCCAAGAUCAAGGACUUCGACCGCGACUUCGUCGAGCUGGAAUGGACCAGGCCAGAGAAAGAUGGCGGCGCACCAAUCACGGGAUACGUCAUCGAGAAGAAGGACAGAUUCGCGCCAGACUGGGAGGAAUGCGCUAAGGUGGAAGGCGACGUAACAACCGGCAAGGUCCCCGACUUAAUCGAAGGCAAUACUUACGAGUUCCGCGUACGCGCCGUCAACAAAGCCGGCCCAGGAGAGCCGAGCGACGGCACCUCGCCGCACGUGGCGCGCGCUAAGAACCUGCCGCCCAAGAUCGACAGGAACUUCAUGUUCGACAUCAAGGUCAAGGCCGGCCAGAACUUCGAGCUGGACGUGCCAGUUGCAGGCGAGCCCACACCUACCAAGGAGUGGCAGCACGCAGACAACGUCGUCAUGAACACCGACCGCGUCAAGGUCUCAGGAGACGCGCACUCUACGCGCCUACGCGUUGUGGAUGCCAAGCGCGCUGACAGCGGAACAUACACCCUUAAAGCCAAGAACAUCAAUGGUUUGGACACAGCCACCGUCAAGAUCUUAGUCCUAGACGUACCGUUACCACCAGAAGGACCACUCCGUGCAGACGAUAUCACCAAGUCCGGAUGCACACUCCGCUGGAAACCGCCCAAAGACGACGGCGGCUCCGAAAUCUCACACUACGUCGUCGAGAAAAUGGACCAAGAGAACAUGCGCUGGAUCCCCGCUGGAGAGGUCCAGGCCUGCAGCAUCCGCAUCGACCAUCUUAUCGAGGGACACGAUUACAACUUCAGAGUCCGCGCUGUUAAUAAACAGGGAGAGUCCCAGCCGCUCAUCGGCCACGAGCCCGUCACGGCGAAGGACCCCUACGGAACCCCAGACAAACCAGGAACGCCCGUCGUCAAGGACUGGGACAAAGACCACAUGGAUCUUGAAUGGGUGCCGCCGAAGAAGGACGGAGGAUCUCCUAUCACUGGAUACAUUAUUGAGGCCAAGAAGAGGUACGGACCUUGGGAGGUGGCGGCCACGGUGCCCGGAAACCAGACCAAGGGCACUGUCUCAGGCCUUACAGAAGGCGAGGAGUACGAAUUCAGGGUCAUCGCGGUCAACAAGGCCGGAAACGGUGAACCUAGCGAUGCCUCCACUCCUCAAAUCGCCAAGGCCAGAUUCUGCGCACCGCACUUCGACAAAACUCUGCUCGCCGACAAAACUGUCAAGGCCGGCCAGAGAAUACAAUACGAGAUACCCAUCGAAGCUUCGCCGAAGCCGACCGUCGAAUGGCAGAUCAACGGAAAGGUCGUACAUCCAUCAGACCGCAUCGAUAUCCAGGUUCUCCACAACAGGGUUAUUUUAGACAUUCCAUUCUCGGUCCGAUCGGACGGAGGCGUUUACAAGUUGACCCUCAAGAACGACCUCGGAGUUUGCUCCGCCACCGCCCAAGUGACGGUGCUGGACAAACCUUCGAGGCCCGAGAAGCCUUUGGUGGUGUCCGACGUCACCAAGGAAUCGUGCUCGCUAUCGUGGAAGGUGCCUUUGGACGAUGGUGGAUCACCGAUCUUGCACUACGUCAUCGAGAAGAUGGAUCUGUCCCGCGGAACGUGGUCCGACGCUGGCAUGAGUACGUUCUUAUCGCACCAAGUGACGAGACUUAUUCACAUGAAGGAAUACCUGUUCCGAGUGAGCGCUGUCAACGCGAUCGGCCAAUCAGAGCCGCUAGAGUUAGACAGAGCUAUUGUCGCUAAGAACGAAUUCGACGAGCCGUCCGCUCCCGGCAAACCGGAAGCGACUGACUGGAGCAAGGAUCACGUGGACUUGCAAUGGACUUCGCCCAAAUCGGACGGUGGAGCUCCGAUUACGGGAUACAUCAUCCAGAAGAAGGAGAAGGGAAGCCCGUACUGGGUGAACGCUGUUCACGUGCCGCCUAAACAGACCAAGGCUACGGUUCCGGAUCUGACUGAGGGCCAAGAUUACGAAUUCAGGGUAAUCGCCGUCAACCAGGCUGGCCAAUCCGAGCCCAGUGAACCCUCAGAUAUCAUCACAGCUAAGGACAGAUUCGUGGCGCCUAAGAUUCUUACGCCACUCAAGGAGAUCAGAAUCAAGGCAGGACUUAUUUUCCACUUGGACGUCGACUUCCUUGGAGAGCCUAUUCCUGAGGUCACAUGGACUUGCGAUGGAAGACCAGUGGUCGCAAACGAAAGGACGACAGUGACAUCUGUUGGACACCAUACGAUUAUCCACACGGUGAACUGCAAGCGGUCAGACGCUGGCAAAUACAACUUGAAAUUGAAGAACGAUUCAGGCACUGACGAAGGCAGCUUUGAACUGAUCGUUCUUGACGUACCCGGAGCACCUCAACCGCCAUUCGAAUACGAGGAGAUUACAGCUCAAUCCGUCACGUUGUCAUGGAAACCACCCAAAGACAAUGGUGGCAGCGAACUGACAGCGUACGUCAUCGAAAAGCGUGACUUGACGCACGGAGGCGGCUGGGUACCAGCUGUCACAUACAUCAAUCCUAAAUUCAACCACGCGACUGUUCCGCGACUUACCGAGGGAACCAAAUACGAAUUCAGAGUGUUCGCUGAGAACUUGCAAGGACGAUCCGAGCCUUUGGUCACUGACAAGCCGAUCAUCGCCAAGAACCAGUACACGGUACCUGGAAAACCAGGCAAGCCCGAGCUGGUAUCCGCUGAUAAGGACCACAUCAAGAUCAGAUGGUCCUCACCCAUCUCGAACGGUGGGUCGAACAUUAUCGGUUACGAUGUCGAGAGGCGCGACAAGGCCACCGGCCGCUGGAUAAAACUGAACAAGGAUCCCGUCAGGAACAACGAAUACGAGGAUGACAGGGUCCAGGAAGGCCACCAGUAUGAAUACAGGGUGUCCGCGGUCAAUGCCGCCGGCCCUGGUCAACCUUCUGACGCUUCCAACGUCUUCGUGGCUAAACCGAUGAAGGAGAAGCCGAAAUUGUGGCUGGAUCACCUGAUCGGCCGCAAGAUCAAGGUCCGCGCGGGCGAACCCAUCAACAUUAACAUUCCAAUCACCGGCGCUCCCACACCAAAGAUUUCGUGGACCAAGGGAUCUAUUCCUUUGGUACCAUCACACAGACUGUCCGCUGAGACCAAGAACGACGAAACCAAGCUCAGCAUCGAGAAAUCGACCAGAGAUGACGCUGGAAAAUACACGAUCACGGCACAGAACGAACACGGCAAAGACUCGGCCGAUAUCGAGGUCAUCGUCGUCGACAAACCUGGAGUGCCUAAAGGACCUCUUAUUUGCACUCCCGUCACCCACGACGCGAUCAGUCUGACCUGGCAUCCGCCUACGGACGACGGCGGCAGCGAAAUCACCGGCUACGUCGUCGAAGUCGCCGAAUUCGGCGUCAACGACUGGCGAACCGUCGCCGGAUUCUGUCCCAAGUGCUCGUUCACUGUGAAGAACUUGACCGAAGGAAAGAAAUACGUGUUCAGGGUACGCGCUGAGAAUCUGUACGGAGUAUCAGAUCCUUUGGAGAGCAAGCCGACGGUGGCUAAAUCUCCAUUCGACCCACCAGAUGCGCCCGAUGCGCCCAAGAUUGCCGGAUACAGCUCGAACAGCUGCUCAUUGGAAUGGGAGCCCCCAGCGAACUGCGGUGGCAAACCCAUCACUGGAUACUACGUCGAGAAACGCGAGCGUGGUGGCGAAUGGGUCAAGGUUAACAACUACCCCACGCCCAAUACCUGCUACACAGUAUCUGACUUACGCGAGGGCAACAAAUACGAGUUCCGCGUCAUCGCUGUCAACGAGGCCGGACCUGGAAAACCGAGUAAACCGACUGAACCUAUCACGGCUCAAACUCAAAGACUUAAACCCAGCCCGCCAGAGGCGCCGAAACCGGACAGAGUCACCAAGGAUUCUGUUACGUUAUCAUGGAGGCCUCCCAAGAGCGACGGUGGAGCCAAGAUCAAGGGCUACAUCAUUCAACAGAAGGGCAAGGGCGAUAAAGACUGGAAGGACGUCAACGACGUGCCUGUCCCGAGCCUCGUUCACACCAUUCCCAAGCUCAAGGAAGGCGCCGAAUACCAGUUCAGGGUCAUCGCCGUCAACGACGUCGGAAGAUCCGACCCGAGCAAGCCUACCGCCGAUAUUGUCAUUGCUGAACAACCUAACAAGCCUUGCAUGGACCUCGGUGGAGUCAGGGACAUCACCGUGCGCGCUGGAGAAGACUUCUCCAUCCACGUUCCUUACACUGGCUUCCCUCAACCCACUGCGUCUUGGUUCGCUGAUGACAACCUGCUAGACGUCGAUGGAGAUUCGAGAAUAUUCCAGAAGAUUACACCCGAAUCCGCGUCGCUUGUCGUCAAGAACGCCAAGCGAACAGACGCUGGUCAAUACCGUUUGCAACUGCGCAACCCGUCCGGAUUCGAUACGGCCACGAUCAACGUCCGCGUAUUGGACAGGCCGGCGAAACCAGAGAACCUUCGCGCCGACGAGUUCGAGGGUGAAGCGCUCACGCUGUACUGGAACCCGCCCAAAGACAACGGAGGCGGUGAGAUCACCAACUACGUCGUCGAGAAACGCGAAGCGAGAACGCCCAACUGGACCAAGGUGUCUGGAUAUGUCACGACACCGUUCUUACGCGUGAAGAACUUGAACGUAGGCAGGGAUUAUGAGUUUAGGGUUAUGGCUGAGAAUCAAUACGGUCAGUCCGACCCGGCUCAGACGACUGAGCCUAUUAAAGCCAGGCAUCCAUUCGACCCGCCAGGAGCGCCUAGUGCACCUAGGGCUGUUGAAACGACAGAAUCCUCCAUCACGAUUACCUGGACGAAGCCCCGUCACGACGGCGGCUCGCCUAUCACUGGCUAUGUAGUCGAAAAGAGGUUGAUAACCGAAGACAAGUGGACGAAGGCGUCCCACGCUCACAUUCCAGACACGACGUACAAGGUGACGGGACUGAUCGAGAACCACGAGUAUGAGUUCCGAGUGGCGGCCAUUAAUGCUGCGGGCCAGGGUCCUUACUCGCAGAGUUCGGACGCUAUCCGCGCGUGUAGGGCUCCCAACUCGCCGAAGAUCACCAGCGACCUCAGUCUCCGAGACAUCACGGUUAUUGCUGGAGAGGAAAUCAAGAUCACCGUGCCGUUUACUGGCAACCCCAGGCCGAAGGUGUCCUGGAUGGUGAACAACGACGAGGUAUUCCCGGACAACCGCAUCCGGUUCGUGACGUCCGACCUGGAUACGGUAUUCGUCAACACGUCCGCCAAGCGCUCCGACACCGGCUCCUACACCAUACAGCUGACCAACAGCGAGGGUUCGGAUAGUGCUACUUGCAGAGUGCUGGUAGUAGACAGGCCGUCCCCACCGGUGGGACCGCUCGAAGCCUACGACAUCACUCCAGACACGUGCACAUUGAGCUGGAAGCCGCCCAUGGAUGAUGGUGGCUCCCCCAUCACCAAUUACGUGGUGGAGAAGAUGGAAAGCAGUGGUAUCUGGGUGAAGAUCUCAUCAUUCGUCCGCAACUGCCACUACAACGUGAUGGGCUUGGAACCGAACCGCAAGUACACGUUCCGCGUUCGCGCCGAGAACCAGUACGGAGUGUCCGACCCGCUGACCAUGGACGACUAUAUCACUGCCAAGUUCCCAUUCACGAUUCCCGAUCCGCCGGGCGCGCCACGCGUGACCGAAUGGGACGGUUCCACCGCCACGGUUGUAUGGGAUAGACCGCGCUCCGACGGCGGCGCGCGUAUCCAAGGAUACAAGAUCGAGUUCCGGGACGUGCAAGACGGUGUCUGGAACAGUGCCGAUUACCUUGUCAAGGACUGCAAUUACCAGGCAUACAACCUCGAAGCGGGUCACGAGUACGAGUUCCGCGUGCGCGCUCAGAACGCGGCCGGACUCAGUAAAUAUUCUGCCAGCUCGCAGAAGUUCAAGGUCAAGCCGCGCUGCGGGCCCCCCGGGGCCCCCCGUGCCCCCCGCGUGCUCCGCGUGGGCCGCAACUACAUCGACUUGUCGUGGGACCCGCCGCACACUGAUGGAGGCUCCCGCGUGACCGGCUACAUCAUCGAGAAGCGCGAUGUAGGCAGCUCGGUAUGGGUGAAGUGCAACGACUACAACGUGCAAGACACGACAUUCACCGCGCUCAACCUCGGCGAGAAACAGGACUAUGAGUUCCGCAUCAUCGCCGUCAAUGCUGCAGGCAAAUCCGAGCCCUCAACUUGCACAAGCCCAGUCCGAACGGGCGAGGAGAUCGGCGGAACCAAACCGGAAUGGGUGAAGCAAGUGCCGCCACACAUGGCCGCGCCGCUCGGCAGGCCGUACACCAUCGAGUGUGUGGCCACUGGCAACCCAUCGCCUACCGGGCGCUGGAUGAAGAACGGCAGGGAGUUGGUGCUGGGAACCAGGUUCAUCGCGGAAUCCCGCGAGGGUACGCUGAAGCUGAACAUCCUCGAAGCCAAGGAUGAUGACGAGGGCGACUACACGUGUGAGGCGUCCAACAACAUUGGCUUCAUUUACAGCACUGGACACCUCAAGAUCGGAAGCCCGCCUCGCAUCACCAGAAUGCCAGGCGACAUGCAUCUACCAGAACACGAAAACACCAAGAUCAAGAUCCUCUACACCGGAGACCAGCCUGUUGACGUCACGCUUACCAAGGACGGCCACAAAGUGUCCGAGUCGCCAAGGCUGAAAUACACUGUCUUUGACGACUACAUGCUUAUAUUCAUCAAGGAUAUCAGCAAGGAUGACAUGGGCACAUACAAGCUCACAAUCAAGAACAACUCCGGCGAGACAUCCGACUCGUUCACCGUGACGGUGACAGGCCUGCCCGGCCCGCCGCAAGGCCCGCUGGAGGCCACUGACGUCAGCCGCCACUCCUGCACGCUGGCGUGGAAGCCUCCCGCGUACGACGGCGGCUCGCCCGUCACUCACUACGUCAUCGAGAGGAAUGACACCUCAGGAACGGCCUGGAUCACCAUUGCGUCCUCUGUACGGGACACCAAGUUCACAGUACAAGGGCUGGUGGAAGGACAGGAGUACAACUUCAGGGUUCACGCCGCUAAUGACAAUGGCGUUGGACCCGCGCUGGAUGGAGUCAAUCCUAUCAGGGCGAAGGCACCUUACGACCCGCCAUCAGCGCCCGGCAUUCCCAAGAUCCUGGAGGUCGGAGGAGACUUCGUCCACCUGGAAUGGGCCAAGCCCGAGAGCGACGGAGGGGCUAGGAUACAAGGCUACUGGGUGGACAAACGCGAGGUCGGCGCAAGCACGUGGCAGCGCGUGAACGCUGUGCUCUGCCUGCCCAAUAUGCUGAACUGUGCCAACCUGAUCGAGGGCCGCCAGUACGAGUUCCGCGUCACCGCACAGAACGAGGCCGGCCUGUCCCCGCCUAGUACCGCCAGCCAGCAGGUCAAGGUCGUCGACCCCAAGGCUGCAACGCCGCCAGAGAUCGUGAAGCCACUGAAGAACGCCAACUGCAUCCAGUACCACAACGCCAAAUUCCAGUGUACCAUCACUGGUCAGCCGAAGCCUACCAUCACGUGGUACAAGGGUGCAAGGGAGAUAACCAACGGCCCGCGCCACCGCAUCUGGAGCGAGGGAGACAACCACUUCCUGACAGUUGUGGAUGUAUUCGGUGAAGACGCCGAUGAGUACGUCUGCCGCGCCGUCAACCGCGCCGGAGUCAAGAGCACACGUGCUGAGCUGCUUAUUAUGACCGCGCCGAAACUGAACGUGCCACCACGCUUCCGCGACACGGCAUACUUCGACAAGGGCGAGAAUGUGGUCGUCAAGAUCCCCUUCACAGGACACCCGGUGCCCAAGAUCACGUGGGUGCGCGAGGGAGAGACCAUAGAGUCUGGACUACACUACCAUGUGGAGAGGAAAGAACGCCACGCGAUCCUGACCAUCAGAGACGCCAGCAAACUGGACUCAGGGCCGUACAGGAUCACGGCUGAGAACGAGCUGGGACAAGACUCGGCCAUCAUCAACAUUGAGAUCAGUGAUCGCCCAGACCCACCACGAUUCCCAGCGGUGGACAACAUCGGCGUGGACUCUCUGGCUCUCAGCUGGAAGGCGCCAGUCUGGGACGGUGGCUCCGACAUCACAAACUACCUGGUGGAGAAGCGAGAGCACCCGAUGACCAGCUGGAUCCGGGUCGGCAACACCAGGUUUACCACCAUGGCCAUCACGGGUCUGGUGCCCGGCAAACAGUACGAGUUCCGCGUCUACGCAGAGAACAUCUACGGACGGUCGGAACCUAGUGAUACUACCUCGCUGGUGCAGACCAAGGCCGUCGUCAAGAAGGAGUUCAAGAAGAAGGAAUAUCCUGUGGACGAAACCGGCAAGCGUAUCCGCACGAACGCGGACCACGGACCAGUGAAGGACUACGACAGUUACGUGUGCGAUAUCUACAGCAAGUACGUGCCGCAGCCCGUCGACAUCAACACCUGCUCUGUGUACGACAGAUACGACAUACUGGAGGAGAUUGGCACAGGCGCGUUCGGCGUUGUCCACCGUUGCCGUGAGAGAGCCACCGGCAACUAUUUCGCCGCUAAAUUCAUCCCGGUCACCGGUGCGAUGGAGAAGGAACUCAUCAAGAAAGAGAUAGACAUAAUGAACCAGCUGCACCAUAGGAAACUGAUUAAUCUUCAUGAUGCGUUUGAGGAUGACGAUGAGAUGGUGCUGAUAUUCGAGUUCUUGUCCGGAGGCGAGCUAUUCGAGCGCAUUACAGAACCUGGUUACAACAUGAGCGAGGCCGAAGCGGCUCACUACAUGCGGCAGAUUUGCGAAGGUGUCAGGCAUAUGCACGAACAGAACAUUAUUCACUUGGACCUGAAGCCCGAGAACGUCAUGUGCCAGACACGCAGCGGCACUGAUGUCAAGAUCAUCGACUUCGGUCUGGCCACGAAACUGGAUCCCAACGAAGUUGUCAAGAUCUCCACCGGUACGGCCGAGUUCGCCGCGCCCGAGAUCGUGGAGCGCGAGCCGGUUGGAUUCUACACAGACAUGUGGGCCGUGGGAGUUCUAUCAUACGUGCUCCUCUCCGGCCUAUCACCGUUCGCGGGUAACAACGACAUCGAAACCCUUAAGAACGUGAAGGCCUGUGACUGGGAGUUCGACGAGGAAGCCUUCCAGCAUGUAUCUGAUGACGCCAAGGACUUCAUCAGGCGGCUGCUGGUUAAGAACAAGGAGAAACGUAUGACAGCCCACGAAUGCCUGAUGCACAAGUGGUUAGCCGGAGACGCGGCUGCCGCCAGAACCGCCACCAUCGAAGCCAGGAGGUACGAGGCGCUGCGCAACAGGCUACGGGACAGAUACGAGAACUGGUCAUCGUUCGCGCUGCCGAUCGGCAGGCUGAGCGAGUACAGUUCGCUGCGCAAACUGCUCAUCGAGAAGUGGAAGAUAUACGACGGACAGUUCGACCGGCGGCAAGCGGCGCCGCGGUUCGUGAUCAAGCCGCAAUCGGCCUUCUGCUACGAGGGCCAGUCCGUGAAGCUGUACUGCCGCAUCAUCGCUUGUGCCACGCCCACCGUCACGUGGUCUCGCAACAACCACGAGCUCAGGCAGUCCGUCAAGUUCAUGAAGAGAUACGCGGGCGAUGAUUACUACUUCAUCAUCAACCGCGCGAAGCUGGAAGACCGCGGCGAGUACAUCAUCCGUGCGGAGAACCACUACGGAUUCCGGGAGGAGGUCGUGUUCCUCAACGUACAACCGGUUCCCAAGGUCCAACGCCAACACUUGCCAGAAGCGCCACGCCGCCGCGAGGCGUUGCCCUACACCUUCUGGCAGGAGUCGAGCGAGACGGCGCCCGCCUUCACCUUCCAGCUGCGGCCGCGCGUCAUGCAGGCGCGCGACACCUGCAAGCUGCUCUGCUGCCUCAGCGGCAAGCCCACGCCCACCGUCAAGUGGUACAAGGAUAGAAAGGAGCUAUCCAAGUUCGACUAUUCCAUGACGCACGCCGAUGGCGUCGUCACCAUGGAGAUCGUCGACUGCCGGCCCGAGGAUAGCGGCAAAUACAGCUGCAUCGCCACCAACAUCCAUGGAACCGAUGAGACCUCGUGCGUCGUUAUUGUUGAGGGCGAGGUAGUCUCACCCGAGCAAGCGGCGCUCGCGCACAACUUCCUGCACUCAGGAGACCGUCGCUACAUCGAGAAGCCCAUCAAGCCUGCACCACCACCUAUCAUCACCAAGACUAAGGUCACAAUCGACCCGCCACAGAAGUCGCACGCCGCGCCCAGGCCCAAAUACUCGCCGCAGAGCUCGGUAGAAGCGAGCAAGAAGAAGUACGGCGCCAAACUGGACUCGGACGCGUCUUCGCGGUCGAGGAGCGCCACUAAAGAGCUAGUUUUACCAGCGUCAGACUCAACUAUGUGCGCGCCGUCAUUCGCGCGCGCGCUGCCCGACGUGCUAAACGCGCGCGACGGAGCGCCUUUACUACUGUCGUGCGCCGUGCGAGGCGACCCCGACCCGCGCGUGCAGUGGUACAAGAACGGAAAGCCGCUGCACUCGUCUGAGGUGGUAGACCUCAAGUACAAGAACGGCGUAGCCUCGCUGGCAAUCAGCGAGGUGUUCCCCGAAGACGAAGGAGAAUACUCGCUCAAGGCCAUCAACAGCCAGGGCGAGGUCGAGACCAAGUGCAAGGUCUCCGUCAAACCCAUGGACGGCGCGGCGGCGGCUCCCGGAGCAAAGACCGGCGACAAGCCGCCGAGGAUCGUGGACCAUGCGCAGUCGCAGGUCGUCACCGACGGCGAUGCGGUUACGCUGGCCUGCAGAAUCGUAGGCGCCGAGCGUUUCGACGUGGUCUGGCUACACAACAACAAAGAGAUCAAGCCUUCCAAAGACUUCCAGUACUCGAGCGAGGCCAACAUUCACAAGUUACACAUCGCAGAAAUAUUCCCUGAGGAUGCUGGCGUAUACACAUGCGAGGCAUUCAACGACGCGGGCGAGUCGUUCUCGUCGUGCUCCCUAGUAGUCAUGGUGCCCGGAGAAACCCCGGCGGCGCCGCAGUACAAGCUGUUCCCAGGAUCCGCCACCGUGUCAUCCGCGGAGCCGGCCGUGUUCACCGCGGAGCUGGACAAGCCACCACUCCAGCUCCAGUGGUUGAAGGACGGCAAGCCAGUGGACGAGACAUCAGCCCGCUACAGGUUCACAAUGGAAGGCACGUCGCGAUAUCGCUUCGAGAUCGCCAAGGCCUCGCCCGACGACGCCGGCCAGUACCAGGCCCGCGCUGUCGGUUCCAAAGGCGAUGCGCACGCAGCCUUCUACCUAAACGUCAGCGACAUCUAAACAAACCAAUGACCAAUAAACAGGGACCCAGAACACUACCCUGCGGUACCCCCAAAAAAUGGAGAAUGAUUCAAUUGAGCAAUUUUUUUUAUACAACUCGGAGUCUAAGUGUGUAAAGAAGUUUUUUUAUAUUAAAUUAUUUAUUAAUUUAUUAAGUAUUCAUAAGUGUUACACCCUAUCGAAUGCCUACGAGAAGUCGCUUGGACGGAAUCCUCGCUCUCUAGUCACUGUUAACGUUUAAAUGUUAAUUUAUUUAUUCGAAUUUAUCCGUUGUUAUUAUUUCUUUUUGUUUUCUUUAUCGUAUCUAUUGUCCUGGCCUAACAGAAUGCAGCUUUUAAAUUUAAGCUUGAGUUUAUACUUUAUGUUGCGGUUGUGGGGAUGACGAACCUUCGCCGAACGUUCGGAGCGCCACCGAAGAAUGCUCGACGGACGGGCGUCGCCUCUAGCUACGAUCUGUAAUAAUUAUUUUUAUAUAACUGUAUUAUUUAAUUGUACAUAAUUUAAUUUAUAUCAUGUGACCGCGUAAUUUAUAAAUAAAUAUGUAUACCUGAAAAAUAAA